AUGUCAUCGCUGCCAGCAUCGCCCGCCUCUACCAUUCCAAGCGCGGAACGCGGCGGUCAAGGCAUGGCACGGGAUCCGUGGGUUGACACAUGUGAAUGGAAAUGGAGCCCUGGUCUCGCUCUUCCUGCUCAGUUCUCUCUGCUGGCAGUCGUAGCGCUCAGUACGCUGCAUGCGCGAGUCUACAACCACCUCCAACAAGGUCACUGUCGGCAAAGGUCCACUCCGUCCGGUAGUCGGCGAAGCGGGGAAAGUACGAAGUCUCGCAGCCACCCCCGAACAUCUCCCGGACCACAAUUCUUUCACCGCUUCGCCCGUACCAUUCUCGGAGCACACCACGGACCAUGCAUCCCCGCCGUUUUCGAGCAGCUGAAUUCUCAACUGCCUUCAGCGUCAAGGCUCGAGCCGCCUUUGACGGGCUUUCCCAGCAGUCCUCCCCCCUCGCGGCAUCGACACGCUGGAACCGACUGCAAUCACGAGCUGUGGGCGUCUAGACUUAGCGACAGGCUCAGGAUCGCCUGUCUGCCAAGACAGCGGUUCGUGGCACGCUGCGUCCCGAGAGGGUUGUGCGGCUCCUCGCACGAUGCUCCAUGCAGAGAAGGCGACGAUUGGACGAUGUCGUCGCACGGUUGGGACGCAGCCGGACAAGCCAAUGCUUUGAAGUUGUCGCCGAUGUCAAAAGCUGCGCUUCUUGCUACAUCGAUUGAGAGUGGUCAAGUCUCUAAUCGAACAGCAGUCGACGCGGGAUCAAGCGAGAUGGUCUGCCCAGCCAUACUCGUCGCACGGUUCGACAGGAAGGGCGCUGCUGCACUCCCCCUAGUGGAAAAUCCGGGACUCGGCUCUGGGAUUCCCUCCCCGCCUGGGCGUCGUCUCUCCACACUGGGCUCGCUGAGUCGUGCCAGGCCACGCCGAGCAGUUGAUCUUUUUUUGGACCGGUCAAGCCGUGAUCGCCACGAGAUCCACAUCCACCACAUACCCUCUCUAACGACCUCAGCACUCCAUCUCAACAAUGACGUCCUCUGCAACUGGCACCCAUACCUCGGCCACGAGCUCGGCCGCCACAGCAGCCGGCCCGAACCGCGCCUGCCACACCAUGGCGUCCGAAGUCGGCGAGCGCACCACCGGUCGCUGUGCCGAACAUGGCCCCGUCGAGCAACCGUCCCUCCAAGAGGCCUCGAUCGGCCAAUCGUCGGCCAGAGACGGUCCGACGAAGACCAGUCGGAAGGAGAUCAGUCGAAUGACGUCCAGUCGGAUGACAGCCGCACCGUGCAAGAGACCUCUCGCGCCGGGUCCACCUCGCCCGAUCCCUCCGACGCGGAUGAGCACACCUCUGGCGCAAGACUCUGGGGUACCUUGCCCCCUCCGCGUUUCUCAGGCGCCAACACCGCAUCUGCCCGCGCUGAUCUUUGGGCCGUGAUGCCGCACAUCUUCGGGACAAGCACACCUGCAACACCUGCACGGCUGUGGCAGCCGCGUCCGCCUCGUCCACUGCCGCCGCCACGCUUCAACACAACGGGGACGGCCACUGCCCAAGGCACUGAAGCGAUGCGACUUUGGCUUCGUGCUUCGCAAGAAUGA